AUGGGCCUCUACAACAACCCCAUCCUCGCCGGCUUCAACCCGGACCCGUCCAUCGUCCGCGUCGGCCCGGACUACUUCCUCGUCACGUCGACGUUCGAGUACUUUCCGGGAGUCCCCAUCUACCACAGCCGCGACCUCGUGUCGUGGACGCUCGUCGGCCACGCCCUCACCCGCCGCUCGCAGCUGGACGUGCGCACGCCCGAGGCGGGCGGCGGCGUGUGGGCGCCCACGAUCCGGCACCGCGACGGCGUGUUUUACGUGGCCGCGGCGUGCUUCGAUCGGUACCGGCCGCAGGCGGAUGACCGCGUGUGGCCGAGGGGGUUUUGCGUGUGGACGAGGGAUGUGUGGGGAGAGGGGGGCUGGUCGGAGCCGGUGUGGUUCGAUCAGGUGGGGUUCGAUCAGGAUCUCUUCUGGGACACAUCAACCUCGCCCCCCACCGUCCUCCUCUCCACCACCUUCCGCAACACCGACAACACCUCCCCUCCCCAGCCCCUCACCACAACCACCACCACCACAACCACAACAAAAACCAAGAACUUCUCCAUCCACCUCUCCCCCACCUCCCUCCCCACCGGCCGCGCCCUCGCCCCUCCCGUCCUCGCCCGCUCCUCCCCCGUCGGCCCCCGCGUCGCCGAGGGCGCGCACCUCUUCCGGCGCGGCAGGUGGGUCUAUCUCUUCUCCGCGGAGGGCGGGACGGAGGGGGCGCACAGGGAGGUUGUUUGUCGGAUGGAUGUGAGCGGGGAUGGGGAUGGGGAUGGGGGCGGUGAGGGGGAUGGGGUGUUUGGGAGGUUGCUGAGGCGGGGGGAGGAGGCGUGGGAGGUUGGGCCUGUGGUUUUGGGAGAGGGGUUGGGGGAUGAUGGUGAUGGUGGGGAGGAAGGGGAGGUGGGGAGCUGUGGGCAUGCGGAUUUGGUGGAGGACGAGGGGGGGAGGUGGUGGGCGGUUUUUUUGGGGGUGAGGAGGGGGAGGAAGGGGAAGGGGAAAGGGGUGUCGGUGUUUGGGAGAGAAACGUUUCUCGUGCCGGUGACGUGGGUGGAUGACUGGCCGGUUUUCAAUGCCGACAGGAAGGUGGGGCUUGUGGGUGAGGCAGAGGGCCUGUAUCAGCUUGCGUCCUCGCCAGCGUGGCGGGAUGAUUUUGCUGCCGAGAAGAUGCAGCUGGGCUGGUAUCGCAAGAACACGCCGUUGAAGGAAGACUACUCACUCACGGAACGGCCUGGCUACCUGCGGUUGUAUGGUGGUCCGUACACGCUCUCCACGCCAGCUUGCCCGACUGUGUUUCUUCGCAAGCAGACGCAUGAUCCGGUGACGUGGGAGACGAGACUGUCUUUCCGACCGGACUCUUCAAAGACUGAAGCGGGCGCUGUUGUGUACUGGAAUCAGCACACUUACUCGAGUAUCGGAAUUCGGAAAGCACCAGAAGGCGGGCGGAUAAUCCGAGUCCGUCCUGCCGAGGGAGAGGCAAAAGACUUUCAGCUGAAAUCGUUGGACUCGGAUGUUGUGCUGACAAUCAAGUCGGAUGAUGGGUACGAGCUUGGAUUCAAGGAGUUCGGGCUUGAGCACGACGAGGUGGAGGUGAGGUGGGUGGGACGGGUGAGCAGCGAGAUCAUGACAAGAGAUCCUUCGGUUGGAGCGGCUUUUACGGGCAUGAUGCUUGGAGUAUACGCGUUUGGCGAGUUGGAACAAUGCUUUGCGCCGGCCGAUUUCGAAUAUGCGACAUCCUACUAG